AUUUGUGUGACCUCAGAGUGCAUAAGACAUCUACUUGAGGUGUAUCACAGCCUUUGGUGGGUUGUUUUGAGGUCUGUUUGUUUGAACGCCGGAUAGAGAAAACCCAUACAGCCGGCACUGGGAGACCGUCGGGCAUGGUGGAGUAUGUUGUUUGGGGGUGACAUUUUUUACCCCACCUCCCCUUCAGAGGGGAGCAUCAGCGUGGCACUGGUGGUCAUCCAGGGGGAACAGCUUACUGCUGUGAUACCCCAUCCAGCCAGAAAUACAACUACAUCCUCAGACCCCCAUCAUAGUGUAGUAUACACCACAGCGGUAACUGCUUUUCAUCUUAUCACUAUCAAAAAGACAUGGGAGGACCUGGGGGGAACAACGUUCCGCCAACAUAGUUCGUUGGAUCAUCAUGAUAUACAAGCCCCACCACGUCAGGGUAGCAACUAUCAGUCAGGUAUGAAGGCUUUUUCUCCCAGCGAAUCUGACCACAUUAUUCCCUAGCGUGACUGUCUACAUUAGCACGGGACAGU